GAUGUAUUGAAUUGGGCCUUGGGGGCAAACAAGGCCCAAAUUAAAUAUAGAAUGGGCCAUAUAUGCCGACCCUAAAUACGGAUCCAAUCCAUUAUUCCCUCAUCGGCGAUUCGCCGGUUAUACGAAACUGCAGCCAAGUAGCCCAACACUCUCAUUCGGAAAAUGCUGAUUUGCUGACAUUUGAUGGAAACCUCCGCUCGCGACGGUGUUCGCCGGCUCCAACGUUAAAACGCAUUUCCUACCACCAAAAAGUUGUUCGCAUAUGGCAACUAGGCGAAAUAUUCGCUACAGCCGUCUUCCCACAGACGAAGGUGAUUAUGAUUAUGAUGAUCGGCCAGGGACAAAUAAUCACAGAUAUGACUAUGUUCCAAAAUCAUAUGAGAAAGUCCCAUGGAAAUCAAUUGGCCUAGCAUGUUUCCUACUCUGCCUUGGCUGUUUGCUUCUUCUCAUCUCAUUCUUCAUCUACACUGGCCACAUGGGUGGAGAGCUAUCGCAAGCUUAUGGCUUGUGUGCACUAGGGGUCCUUUCCUUCAUCCCAGGCUUUUAUGAGACCCGGAUUGCUUAUUAUUCUUGGAGAGGUGCCCAAGGCUACCGCUUUUCUCUGAUCCCUGAUUAUUGAGGCAUUCUUUUUCUCUUUCGACUUUUGAUCAUUGAAGUCCCACUGGACAUCAUCCAUUAUGAUUUGGAGGUGGUUUUUGUACCUUCAUAAAGAUGCAUAACUAAUCACAAUUGUUCCAUAACUUGAAGUGUUGAUGUCUUGCUGAUGCUCAGGCAUUCAGACCAUUUUUACUAUUUUCUUGUUAACAAGGGAAAAAAAAAUGAAAAUGCAGAAACUCCCCAAUGGUGGAGCUGUCUCAUUGUGAUUUCAGUUCGAUUUUGUCUAGAUUGGCCGCGUCCUCCAACCAGUUUUGUAGACGGGGGUUUUGGUUUUAGUGUUAAAAGCUAUAGGUUAUGUUUAUUUCCAUUCUCUAUUACUCCCCUUUUAUCAUUCUGCAUUCUAUUUUCUAGUUUUCAAAUGUGUAGUUAUUAGUAAACUGUAAACAUAUCCUUUUUCCUUUCUCCAAUUAUUCAUUUCUCCGCUUAGUAAACUCAUUCCUCAAGUUGUAAUCUUACACGAUUUUCUUUA